AUGCGCUUUCUUUUGGUGAUUUUCGUUUCUCUCUUUGCCGAGACAUUCGCCGAGACAUUCGCCGAGUCGGACCUGUGCAAUGAAUGUGCGACACCUUUGUUGAAAAAGAAAUGGUACACGACUGGCCUUCCCAACUAUCCAUCGACGCUUGACUUCACUGACAACUGCCUCAUAGCCGGUAUCUACACGAGGAGCACCUCUUGCACCACAUGCUUUGAGCUAUCGUUUCCUCUCGACGGAUCCCAGCAAAUGGUGCGCGGUUGUUGGCGGAAUUUCGUUCAAGGCUAUGAUGAUCUGAUCGAAGCUGGGGAGAGAUGCGAGUACUCGAUUUCCACGACCGACAACAACACGCAGAUCUCGCUAGGGAGCAGCGGGAAAUCCACGUCAAACCCUGUGACGGUGAUGCGAACGUGCAAGCCCAAAGACGAGCCUUGUAACGGAAAAUUUGCGGUCUACAAUCAGGGCGGCGAUGUGGGACCACUUGGAGGAGCGAAAGAGCAGGUUACUACCCAGUGCGCCCUUGGUGGUGUGCCCAUCGUCGAGGCGGGGAUGGGAAGAGAAUGCUAUUCUUGUUCGAAAUACGGACAAGAUGGAACAUGCCAUCGAAAAUCGAAAUCCACAUGUCGAUCGGGAGGUUACUGCUUGAAGAUGGAUGGAAAGCUCGGAAAGAACCAAGUGGUUAUGCGAUCGUGUGCCCCGAUCAAUCCUUUCGCUGACUCGAGUGGUCAGAGUCGAGAUGUGUGCUUCCAUGUUGAUGGGAAAUUCGAAAUCGGUAGCAUGUUCGGAAUUGGAACCGAUUACACGUUCGAUAAAAAAUCGUACAUAUGCAUUUGCAAGACCGAUCGUUGCAAUCCGGCGCGAGCCCAAUCGGUUCUCCUUGCCGGCAUUCUCUCCCUUCUCGUCACAAUUCGAUUUUUUCUA